AUGGCUGAAUCAAAACCGAACACUAAUCCUUCUCCAUCCUCAGGGAAAUAUGUGAAGACGCUUAACUUGUUCGAGAGAGUGAAGGAAGAGUUUGAGGCAGUUGUGCAUAAUGUAAAUCAAGGGCAUCACAAGGAAACUCAUGGGUUGCGCGAUGAUAUCGACGGGGAUAGCUCCAUUGAUGAGAUAAAGGCUCCGAACGUGUUGGAGAGAGCCAAGGAGGAAAUCGAAGCAAUUGUUAGCACAAUUCAUCCGAAAAAGGAAUCGAGAGAUUUCGAUACACAGUUGUCUGGUGAAGCGAGGGAUUUUGGUACAAAGGACUCUUUGAAGCUCGAGGAGCCCGAGUUGCAUUCAGGUGAUCAUAUCUGCCGAACUCACCAACCUCUAGUACUCCGCCGGAGUGCUUACACCAAGCUAGUCCUUCUAUUCACUUCAAAGGUAUCGAGGAGGACACUCACACUGAGCUCCUUCACCCCACACGCGACCGUGCCUAACUACAACUAA